AUGGCAGGAUCUGCCAGACCCAGCAUCUUAAAACUGGUUAAAUGGUUCGUUGCGUUCUCGGCCCCGCAGCCUACCAGUUUUGCACGCUUCACCAGGAGAACUCAAGCCACACCCGCAUUGUACCAAUCUGCGCAUCGCCGUAAGCUUCCAUCGUACUCUCUCAAAGCACGACAGGAGGCACCUUCGUCAAAUAAUGGUAAUGGCUGUGACUGCUUGAGCGGCGGUGCGAUUGCCGGAAUUGUCAUUGGUAGCAUAGCGGGCUUUUCCCUCCUCUACUGGCUACUGAAACUUGCUUUCGAUUCCACGAAUACUUCAGAGACAGUCACGUAUAGAACCGGUCGAUAUGAUCACCCUUCCAGACAUCGAAGACGCUCAUCCUCCUACGUCGAAACAGAAAGACCGGUAUCGACACGGCGAUAUCGACGCGAUGUGAUAGAACGUCCUGCCAAGGUCUAUCACACCCAGCGGCGGCUUCAUGUUGAUAUCGCUGCACAAAUGGGGCUUCAACCGCCAAAACCGCGCUUGAGUUCUGCCAAGAGGCAACAAUACACUAGCCUAUUUUCGGUUAGCCUCGAACCCUGUUGGCCCGCCUGUCUGGCCAUCGCUGCCAGCAACCUCAACGUUCGUCCAUUGGCGACUAUCAAGACUUUCUGGUCUGCCACCGCAGAUCCUCGCCCCGUGGUCCCUGGCUGA